UCGGGGCGCAGCCCACGUUGCCAGCCUGCUUUCCAGCAUUCUUGAUCUGCUCUUUUGUCAGGCCGGGCCUGGGCCUGGCGAGGCGGAGAAGCUGAGGACACUCACUUGCAAGGCUUUAAGUUUCUCUAAAUGUGAGCGUUGGAUGUGGUGCAGAACAGCACCCAGAGGUCGUCCACUGGGUGGGCCGGACCCCUGAGAGUUUUUCUCCUGGCGGGCAGACUGCCAGGCAAAGAAUUGGGUGCCCAGGGAAAUUUGAAUAUCAGAAUAGUAAUUUAUUAGCAUAAAAGGUAGCUGUAAGUAUGUCCCCGCAAUGCAUCAGACAUAACUAUGGAAGCUACUUUUUGUCUGAAAUUCAGAUUUAACUGGGAGUCCUGUAUUUUUUUUUAAUUUUUUUUAUUUUUAUGUUUUAUUUUGUAUAGAAGAGCUGGUGCAGACCAGAGCUGGUUGGGGGUGCGCGAGAGGACUCCCCAGAGACAGAGUGAGGAGCCGAAUAGGCAGAUCCACUGAACCCCAUUGCGGAGAAUAGUGGGAAGGGGUGAAAGGGGGUCUGCUGUGCCCUGGGAUCACCUCCCCGGCUGGGGAUGGACUCAGCUGCAGUGGCUGUGGACAGCUUGAUAGGCCGAGUCUUGACCCCUGCGCACCCGGGAGGCCCCAGCUGCAUGUGUUUGAGAGUUAGUGAAUCUGCUGCUGUUUUAAAAAUACCGGCAUCCACUUGGCUUGAAAGUGUGGACAACAGUGAGUACAUGCGCAACGGGGACUUCCUGCCCACCCGGCUGCAGGCCCAGCAGGACGCGGUCAACAUCGUCUGUCACUCCAAGACCCGGAGCAACCCGGAGAACAACGUGGGCCUCAUCACACUGGCCAAUGACUGCGAGGUGCUGACCACGCUCACCCCCGACACCGGCCGCAUCCUGUCCAAGCUGCACACGGUCCAGCCCAAGGGCAAGAUCACCUUCUGCACCGGCAUCCGCGUGGCCCACCUGGCCCUGAAGCACCGGCAGGGAAAGAACCACAAGAUGCGGAUCGUGGCUUUCGUGGGCAGCCCCGUGGAGGACAGCGAGAAGGACCUGGUGAAACUGGCUAAGCGCCUCAAGAAGGAGAAGGUCAACGUGGACAUUAUCAAUUUUGGGGAGGAGGAGGUGAACACGGAGAAGCUGACGGCCUUCGUGAACACGCUGAACGGCAAGGACGGGACGGGCUCGCACCUGGUGACCGUGCCGCCGGGGCCCAGCCUGGCCGAUGCCCUCAUCAGCUCCCCUAUUCUGGCUGGCGAAGGCGGGGCCAUGUUGGGUCUCGGGGCCAGUGACUUCGAGUUCGGCGUGGACCCCAGUGCCGACCCGGAGCUGGCCCUGGUGAGCGAGCCGGGCGCUCGGGCUCUCUGGGCCUCCCCUGCCGGCCGAUCCGCCGACGCCGACGCCAGCUCCGCCAUGGACACAUCUGAGCCAGCCAAGGAGGAGGACGACUACGAUGUCAUGCAGGACCCCGAGUUCCUUCAGAGUGUCCUGGAGAACCUUCCAGGCGUGGAUCCCAACAACGAGGCCAUUCGAAACGCCAUGGGCUCGCUGGCCUCCCAGGCCACCAAGGAAGGCAAGAAGGACAAGAAGGAGGAGGACAAGAAGUGAGACUGGAGGGCGGACGGCCGCGCCUGCCCUGGGGCUGCAGGGGCGCGGUCUGCCCUGAGCCUGAAUAAAGCUUGGCAACGUUUU